UUACUUUAAGUAUCACAUUAUAACGUCACGGUGCAGUGGUGGGAGGUGAAAGGGAGCGGUAAAACGAAGACGACGUGGUACACUAGGCAAGUGUAUGUGUAUGCAGGUGAUCUCUGCAGUGCGGAGGGGAAAAUUAACAGAGCGGCUCGGGCUAUGUGCUCGUGUUACUCAGUGAAUUUCGUCGGAUAAGAAGCGAUUUUCCCGUCGCCGCAAUCCAUCGGCGUGGGCUGUACGGAGUGCACAUGUCGUUGCGACAACACCGUAAUCUGCACCGUGUACACGGGCCCUUUUGAUCGGAUGGACGCAGCCAAACUGGAGGCCAAAUGGCCACCCGACAGGAGAACUACGAUCGAAGCGUCCGAGUUUGGUAUCUACAAGGAGCAGUCCGACGGGAAACGUCUGCGCGGCACUGACAGGGCCACCGGAUGUCUCCUGGUACUAUCCCUGAUCGCCGCUGCCGCGGUAGUGCUGUACUUCUCGUUCUAUGAUUAUACAAUUCACACAACUCAAAGUGCAUCUACUGGACCAAUAGUGAGUUACGCAAAAUAUGUAAAAGAAAAAAAUACGAUGACUACACAAACAGCUAACCGUUCAACAGACGGGCUUCUGGCUGCAGUUCUGGGUAUACAAAAUGCCGAGAACUAUACAACACAUGCUCCGGCGGACGAUGUAGUUAUUGCCAAGAGAAUCGAUGAUGGUAAAUUAGAGACCGGUAGGCAAAUGCGAUUUUAUCCACAGCUGACACCGAAACGGCCGACGUAUUUAUCAUACGACUCAAAUUAUUGGAGAACUAAUUCAAAUAAAAACAAUAAGCUCGAAUAUGCCGAAGGUAUAUACGGGUUCAAUCGGAGAUCGGACUUUCCACAAUUGGCAGCCUAUCGAGCGCCAUUCCCGCCAAAGAGCAUCUUGGACGUGAUGAAGUACGUGACCGGACCCCCUCUUAAGGCAAAUGUUCCGGAGUACAUGAUAGCACAAGAAUCUAGCCCUCAGUACUAUCCUAUCAGACCGGUAGAAGAAGUCAACAGAUUUCUCCCGGAUGUAAAUAUGCCAAGUACCAAUUCGAGGAGAUUCCGAAACAAAUUUGGUCCACCGGUAUACUUGACACCACCUAUUAGUUCAUUACCGGAUGACUUUAUGAAGCCACCUAACCCCAAUGCCGGUUAUUCGAUGGACUUUGAGAAUAGCGUUCCUUUAGACCUUACGCUACAAGAAGGUUCAGCAAGUAUACCAUCACAUACUGAUGUAAUAUUCCGUCCACCGUCUUUUAAUAAUGGUUAUCCUGUACCAGAUACACCAAAACCAAAAAAAGUUAAAAAUAAAAGAAACAAAAAACCAAUAAGUGUAAUGUUAGACAUUUAUCCAUUAUCGGACAGCGAACACGAAAAUGUACAAGCUGAAGAAGAUGAAGAAGAACAUAGUUCCGAGAUAAUUACUUCGUUAAAAAACAAUCUUCAGCACUCAGAUGCAGAUAAAUUAUUGUUUCAUUUGAAUCUAUUUCCAAAAUUCAGCGAAGGUGGCCGUAGAAUUUCCAAAAAUGUGAAAUACGAAGAACAAAAUGAUCAUGAACCAAUUAUUCAUUUGACAACAUAUAAACCAUUACAAGAUAAAGAAGAAAAUGACAAAACUGAAAAACUAUUUGAAUAUGAAUAUUCAUCGGAAUCAAAAAAUAUAGCAAGUAUAUCAAAAACACAAUAAUUACUCAAGACUUGAACCAUAUUAAAUUUAAGUUAUAAUUAAUUAAUACAAAUAUUAAUUAUACUUUAUAAAAAUUAUAACUAAAUUAAGUUUAUGAAUAUAGUUUUUAUAAACCAAAAUAGAUGUUUAAUGUUUAAAAACAAUUUCAAUUAUUUUAAGUAAUCAUUAUUUUAUGGGAAUACAAAAUUGUUUGGGAAACACAUAUUUUGAUAAGAUAAAACUACUAAAUAUUAUAGUAUACUUAUAUUGUAUACAUUGAUUUCCGAUUUACUUUUGGGACAACAAAUUCGAAAAACCAUUGAAAUCGUUCAAUCUUGCGUAAAAUAGAGUAUUACUAAAAAUCACAUAAAAGAAAAAUAUUACAAAUCACGUGUGUUUUAUAGAUACUAUAAUGUAAUUAAAACUCAAAUGACUGAUUUUAUAAUUUAACUGUAUAAACUUUACAAUAAAUUAAUGUUCUAUUCGUUAAUUUUGUUAUAUCGUUUCGGUUAAGUUACGUUAAUAUAACCUAUCGUUUCAGUGGCCUUUGUAAUACUCCUAGCUUUUCUAUUUUAGAAGCCAAUAUAACUAAUCCAACCUCCUAACGGAGAGUACAAGAUAUGCUUAAAAGCUGUAAAAAUAUUUAAAUACUUUAAAAUACUAUAAAUUGUAGGUAAAACCUAUCUGAUAUGGACUUAACAUACAAUAUUUAACCAAGUAGUAUUAAUAAUAAGUAUUAUUACUAAUAUAAAUAAAUAAACAAAAUCACCAUUAUAAUAUAGGUAGGUAGGUAUAUUAUAUAGAUAACUUUUUUACUUUGAUAUCUAUUUAAAUUAUUUUUAAUACAUUUUAUUAUUUUAAUUUCGAGAAAAAUAACCAAAAUGCUAAUAACUUUUAUAAAUUAUGCAUAAGUGAUUAAAAAAAUAUUUUUCUAUUAUUUUAUA